UUUAGCGACAACAUGGUACACAGAGUAGAUCGAUAAUCUUGAUAGAAAUUUGUCAAAUGAAAAUAUAAUUCAUAUAAACUUAAAUUGAUUUGUUUCUAUUUAUAGAUAAAGUCGUAAGAUGUAAUAUAAGUAAUAAAAAGAUACCAUGGUUUAUUAAAAAUAUAAGACUAAUCUAAUUUAAUUUUCUUCAUUUAAAGGGGAAUUUUAUGGACAAAACACUGAAAUAGCACAGUCCAAUACAUAUUCCCAAAAGCCCUAUCCAUUCUUGAUCUCUUUAGUAAACAAAUUAUCUUCUCUGUAUGUGAAAUUCGAUCUUUGAAAACUAAGAUCAUUUAAAAUUUUAAACCACGUAGACUCUUCUACAGCUUCUCGAAUUCUUUAGCUUUGGCUAUAAGAUCUGAAAUUUUACCCAAACACAUCCAAACUUUAUCCGUUCGUUGCUCUCAAUUAUAGAGUCCUACUCUCUCUUCUUCUAGCAGUAGUGGGAUUCCCAUAAAAUCCAGAGAGAACAAAUUCCUCUCCAGCUUCCAUAUAAUUAACAGUAAGAGAUCAAAAUUUUUUGUACUGGAGAGAGCUGCGAUAGGUGGAGAUGUCGAAACGUUGGUGUGCAUCUUUCCCCAUUGGGUUCAGAUUCGAUCCCGACGACGAAUUGUUGGUGUCUUUUUAUCUAUGGCGGAAAGUACACGAGGGGCUGGAUCUACCGAAUGGUCCCAUCGUUGAAGCCGACGUCUACGCUCAUGAACCAUGGUUUCUUCAGUACCAUGGUAAUGAUCCCGCGUACAUGGCCGUGAACAAUGACCGAUAUUUUUUUGUGAAGAGAGAGCCAGUAUCUAGAAACGGUAAUGGGAAGAGAAUCAAAAGGGAUCUGGAAGGGGAUUCUGAUGGAGGUUGGUGGAAGGCCAACACCGGAGACAUGGAAAUUAAAGACUCGGACGGCCACCUCGUGGGUUACAUGAAGUCGCUCACCUUCUUUAAAUACAAAAACAAAGAACGAAUUCGGAAAGAGGCAACCAAAACCGACUGGAUUAUGCACGAAUACAGGCUAGCUUCCGAUUCUCAAUUUCAAAGCUGGACUUUAUGCCGAAUAAGGUACCGUGGUCAUGAUCAUGUGCAGCACGGUCCGAGGACUGACCCAUCAGCGUCGGAACAAGCAUUUUUGGAUACGAGGAUCACAGAUAUUAAUCCGUCGUCGGAUCAAUUACAAGCAUCAUCGGGUACGGGCCGGAUUGGUACUUCUGAUCCAUCAUGGGAACUAGUUUCUCGGCCAGAAGCACACGAUGAUGAAAUCGAUGCCAUUCUUAAUAUUCUUAAUAUGCCCCCAGAGAAAUUUCAAGCAUUCUUGGAGAGUGUUUUAGUACUUUGAGACAAGUCCAUGCAUUCUUGGCGACUUAAUUCACCAGAUCAGGCAGAUCGAAAGUGUAGAAUUAAACACAUUAUGACUUUUAUGAUUAUUAAUUAAUGUACGUAUUUGAUAGAAACUCUAAGAAGUCGAUCUUAUCUAAAAUUAUUUAUUUUCUGUUAAGAUAAAUAAAUUUUUUGUAUUUGAUUAUUUCUUGGUUUGUAGUAGUGGUACUAGUUGAGAAUCUCUAUUCUGUUCA